CGAAAACAACCUCUUCCGCAUUGACACGCCUACCAUACGCAGCUAGCUACUUCACAACAUUUAAGGAGGCUUUACAAAAGAAAAAGCGCCCAGUCCAGUUCAUACCAGCCGUUCAGGAAUACGCUGCAGGUCCUUUUCCACCUAAACUAUCAUGUCAAAGAGAGCCACAACCAGCCACAUGGAUACUGAACGCACUGAUUCGUCAAUCAUCAGGAUCCCACCACACCACUAUAUCCAUGUGUUGGAUCAGAACACCAACAUUGCCCGGGUUGAGAUUGGACCUCUCACUUACAUCCGCCAGGACAAUGAGAGAGUCCUCUUCAAUCCGACCCGGAUGACCAUGAUCCCACCCCGCCAUUACUGCGUGAUUCUGAACCCAGUAGUCCGUGAUGAUGAAUGCCGUGUCCAGUUUGACACUGCUGGCCAGGCUAAACUUCGUCAUGCUGACCUGGAGAUUCGUCUGGCCCAGGACCCUUUUCCCCUCUACCCUGGAGAAGAGAUCCAGAAGGAUGUGACUCCGCUGCAGAUUGUGUAUCCUGACACUGCCCUGCGGCUGCAGGCUCUUCUGGACUUUGAGGAGGAGAAUGGAGAGAAGAGAGUGGCUGGAGACGAGUGGCUGUUUGAGGGGCCAGGAACAUACAUCCCCAGAAAGGAGGUGAUGGUGCUGGAGACCAUCAAGGCCACGGUGAUCCGAGAAAACCAGGCCAUUCGCCUCCGAGCACGCAAAGAGGGCGUGGACCGCAGUGGAGUCCGCAGAGUGACCGGUGAGGAGUGGCAGGUGUGUAAGGUGGGAGCGUACCUGCCUGGGGCACAUGAGGAGGUCAUCGAUAUUGUGAAUGCUUUCAUCCUUACUGACAAGAAAGCACUGCAUGUGCGCGCUCUGCGGCCAUUCCGGGAUGCUGGUGGACGGGACCGAAGGACAGGGGAGGAGUGGCUUGUGACGCUGGCAGACAGAGAGGCACACAUCCCCUCAGUUGCUGAAGAGGUUGUGGGGGUGGUGGAUGUGACCACACUGAGCAGCAGACAGUACUGCGUGAUUCUGGACCCUGUGGGACCUGAUGGCAAGCCCCAGCUUGGACAGAAGAGAGUGGUGAAGGGCGAGCGUUCAUUCUUCCUGAGGCCUGGUGAGCAUCUGGAGAAUGGCAUUCAGGAUGUGUAUGUGCUGUCUGAGGAAGAAGGACUGGUGCUGCGUGCUGUGGAGGCCUUCAUGGACACAGAGGCGCAAGAAGAAGAUGGUGAGGAGGAGCAGGAGAAGCGGGGCAAAAGGGCUGGGGUUCAGCGUCGCCCUGGUGACCGCUGGAUGCUGCGCGGGCCGAUCGAAUACGUCCCACCGGCCACUGUGGAGGUCCUGCUGCGUCAGCGGGCCAUCCCGCUGGACGAGAACGAGGGAAUCUAUGUGCGGGACAUCAAGACUGGAAAGGUGCGGGCUGUGAUUGGUCACACCUACAUGCUGACCCAGGAUGAGGAGCUGUGGGAGAAGGAGCUACCCCCGAAUGUGGAGGCCCUGCUGACCAGCUCCCGGGACCCGCUGUCUGGACGUUCUGAGCGAGACCAGGGCUUGAUUGGCGGCCCCCGAGACAAAACAAGAGUGGUGUCCUUUCGUGUCCCUCAUAAUGCUGCGGUGCAGGUGUAUGACUACAGAGAGAAGAAGGCUAGGGUGGUGUUUGGGCCUGAUCUGGUGAUGUUGGGCCCAGAUGAGCAGUUCACCGUUCUGUCCUUGUCGGGAGACAAACCCAAGCGGGCCAACGUCAUUAAAGCAAUCUGUCUGCUGCUCGGCCCCGACUUCUGCACAGACAUAAUCACCAUAGAAACUGCAGACCAUGCCCGUCUGCAACUCCAGCUCUCAUACAACUGGCACUUUGAUAUAAAGAACCGCUCAGACCCUGCACAGGCUACAGCCUUGUUCUCUGUUCCGGACUUUGUGGGUGAUGCUUGUAAGGCCAUCGCUUCCAGGAUCAGAGGAGCUGUGGCUUCAGUGCAGUUUGAUGACUUCCACAAGAACUCAAAUCGGAUCAUCUGCUCAGCCGUGUUCGGCUUUGAUGAGAAGCUGGCGGUGCGUUCCAGUUUGCGCUUUGGUCAGAAUGGCCUGGUCAUCAGCAGUGUGGACAUCCAGUCUGUGGAGCCUGUUGACCAGCGCACACGAGACGCCCUGCAGAAGAGUGUCCAGCUGGCCAUUGAGAUCACCACCAACUCUCAGGAAGCGGCUGCCCGACAUGAGGCAGAGCGUCUGGAGCAGGAGGCUCGUGGCCGACUGGAGAGGCAGAGGAUCACUGACCAGGCUGAGGCUGAGAGGGCCAGGAAAGAGCUGCUGGAGCUGGAGGCUCUCAGCGCUGCAGUGGAGAGUACAGGAGCAGCAAAGGCAGAGGCUCAGUCCAGGGCAGAAGCAGCACGUAUCCAGGGUGAGGCAGCUGUCAGCGAGGCCAAGCUCAAGGCUGAGGCCCAGAGAAUAGAAGCAGAGGCCGAGCUGGAGCGCCUGUCAAAAGCGCGGGAUCAGGAGCUCAGCUAUAAGAAGGAAAUAGAUCGUCUGGAGGUGGAGAAACAGCAGAAACUGGCUGAGAUUGAGAGCCAGCGCUUCAAACAGCUUGUUGACGCCAUUGGCAGCGGCACUCUGACGGAGAUGGCUAGAGCUGGUCCAGAGCUGCAGGUGAAGUUGCUGCAGGCUCUGGGUCUGAAGUCCACUCUGAUCACAGAUGGCUCCUCUCCCAUCAAUCUGUUCACUACCGCCAACGGCCUGCUGGGGGCGAUAAAGGGUAGUGAGGAUCACUAGAGGAGCAAAGGGAGCAAGAGGAAACGAUGAUACAGAAGCAAUUUACUGCAAUUAUAUCAGAUGUGCCUGAAUAAAACUUCCUAUGCUGUAUAUCACUCUGUGCAAACCUUAAUGUUUGUUCCAUUUUGGUUAGUUAUAUCUUUUCCCUUCCCUUAUUCCUGACCAAUAUUGCACUCCAACUAUAAAAGCAGUCUAAUAGUGCAGGACUGGGCCUUUUCUCUGCCUUAUUUUCCUUAAACCAUGUGGCUUUUACCAGUGCUGCUGUUAAUGCGGUAAUGUAGCCUUUGCUCAUGUUCUUCUUAUCACCCACUACAGUUUGUGGCAAAUAUUUGGACGUGAUUAACUGGAUUUCUUUAUGACUUACAUGAAUGAAACGUUUAAAAUGUCCUACGCUGAGGCCCAAACAUGCAAUGAACCCAAAGAUAGAUGUCUGUAUGAUGCACUUUUCAAAAUCUAAUAAAUUUUUGGGAGUCUG